AGUGUAUGUUACGACAGGGGUUGUCAGCGAACAUUCAGACUAGACGUGCUCGGGAGGUAUGUACUAACAGACCAAGAUUACACGUUUGUGAAACUUACAUGAUUGAGGCUUUGGAGCUGAAGUUUACUUCCUGAGAUAGACAUGACUGUGUUUGGACUUGAGACAGAAUUUGAGGUCAGGAAGUAACUCUGCAGUUACAGUGCUCAUGACUAAAAUACCGCUCGGACGGCGUGCGACAAUGUCAAGCUACCAAGAAAGCACCUUAGUGAUCCUGUUCAAACUACAGAUAGUGAUCGCUCUGUCUUCGUUUCUGACUGGUCAGUCAACGAAGGUCGGAUACACUAGCGACCAGUCACAGUACUACACCGCACCUGUUAAAAAUGUCAUUCAGUGCCAAAGACUGUGUUCCUACCAACCCCUCUGUAAAACAUUCAACUACAAUGCGAAGUCAAGGUCAUGUGAACUCACUCUAGGAAGAGAUACACAGGCAAGUGCUGAAGUGUUUGUGACCUCGCAGCCUUCAACGCCACCAGAGGUUGUGUCGACAAAAUGCACUGAUAUAGAAGUCUUUGUCAGAAAUAAGAAGUCCCCUCACAUGUGCCUUCAGCUACUGGACAUUGAUUGUGGCAGUCCUCCUUACGUGGCGUUGGCUUCCUACACCCUGUCCUCAACCAAGUUCCGGUCGACAGUAGAGUAUGCCUGUGAUGAAGGACACGUGCAGACUGGCGGAAAUAACAGUACCACGUGCUUGUUAAGCGGGGGAUGGACUGAAGUCAAUCUUACGUGCAUGGAGAUUGAUUGUGGACAGCCACCUAUUUGGGUCGAUUUAAAUGUGAUGGUGACGUCAACGUCAUACAACGCCACCGCCACAUACAUGUGCCGAGAAGGCUACAACAUCUUUGGAGGUUCGGGGAUCAGCACCUGCAGUGGUGACUCUACGUGGUCGACAAUUGACCUGACUUGUAUAGUUGUAGACUGCGGCUUCCCGCCACAUCAGGACGGCGCCGUGGUCGACUACACCAACACAACAUAUGGUUCCGAAGCCAACACCUUCUGCAUUGAAGGUUAUUCUUCACAGGGGAACGGAACAUCAUGGUGCCUGUCUGAUGGAACUUGGUCACAAACGGACUUGGUUUGUACGGAGAUUGAUUGCGGCAUGCCGCCAACUUGGGUGGAACGAAAUGUGACGGUGACGUCCUCCUCUUACAACUCUACCGCGACUUACAUUUGUAGAGAAGGUUAUGACGAUUACGGAGGGUCAAGGAUCAGCACGUGCACUGAUAACUCUACAUGGUCAACCAUUGACUUGAACUGUACAAUUGUAGACUGUGGCUUCCCGCAAUACCAGGACGGCUCCAUGGUCGACUACACCAGUACGACGUUUAGUGCAGAAGCCAACUAUCUCUGCGUUAAAGGGUAUGCUUCAUCAGGGAAUGGAACAUCAAUGUGUUUGCCUAAUGGAACUUGGUCACAAACAGACUUGGUUUGUAACGCGUCGUCUCACAGUACGUGGCAGCAGGUGGCCAUUACAACAGCAGCAACUACGCCGAUUGACCAGAGAGAUGACUUAAAGAAUCGAAUUUCCGCUACCUGUAAACCUAAUCUCCGCGUUAAAACUGACUUUAGCACUUGGAGCAGGGUCACAGACCUUCAUUCAAAUGGCGUCAAAAGCGGUGUACGGAUUUGGGGCCAGUCGGUAAGAGGGUUGGCUAAAUCGUCCUGGGAUUCCUUCAAAACAUCCCCUCAACGUGGGUUCGAGCUGUUUGUAUCGGAUGCGCUGAGCACCCAUAUGUCAGUGGAUGACACUGGGGCAGCGACGACGAGCAGUUAUGACGGAAAUUUCAUUUGGUUUGUGAAAGACGACCAGUGCAUGUCCACAUCCCAUGCCAGUGACUUAGGAUCUGUACUGACCAGUCUGUUUGAAGGGGGAAUCGGCACCAGUUUUGAUACCUACCACGUAGAUGGUAGCAACAAUUCUGUGUAUGGACAGGUAUCCGGUCAUGUGUCACAAUCUUUCCUGCCUACAUUCAAAGCAUCUCCUUACUGGUAUAUAAGUAAAAAAAGUACGUUGGGAACGUCACAGGUCAUCAGGUGGAAGUUUGCAGGGGCAUUUGUCAACAUGUCACCCGGCUCCAGUUCCAUGACAUGGUGUCCCGACACGUGUUGGCACCAUGUCUUUGACACAAGGACCUCACCUACAAACAAGGGCAAAUACAUUCGCCAUCUAAUCAAUGGGGUACACUAUGGACACAACAUCAUGCUUAAAGCUGAAAACCUGGUUGCAAAGGCAAGGGAAAUUAUUCUACAUGAUGGUCACGUGACUGUAGGUGUCAAAGAAUUCUGGCUUCCAGCUGAUAAAGAUGCCUUCUCAUCCGGGUCGCUUCAAGCUUGGAUGAUGGCGUCUACGACUGGUCGCGUGGUUCAGUGCACUCACGUUCCAGAAUCCGUUAUCGUGGAGGAUAUAACAGAGAAUGAAACAGCUUCUAUUUGGUUCCUGGACUCCAGACAGUAUGAUAAGGCUUUGACCAUAGACGGAACCGGGGCUGUGUUGUCCGGGUCAUUGUCAACAUUGUUAAUCAAGGUCAAUGAAGGGAGAUCACUCCGAGUGGGCGUGCUUCACACAAAUGGAUUGUACAGGGCUUUGGAGGUGGACACUGUCGAUGUUUCAAGCACUGACCACAUAGCAGUGAAUAUUAUCCACAAUGCAGACUUGGUGUCAGGAUCGGGGAACAGCUUUAGUUUUUCGGACACAUGUCGCGUGGUAUCAUCCAUCAUAACGACUGAGGGCACCUACAAAAUGUACAGAUAUAACAUUCGAUCCGCCGGAGAUCACAGCACAGUCAAUGACGUUGCGAAAAUUGAUUGGUUCAUUGAAAUUUAACAUAUGCAUGUAACAUAGUACGUGCAGUUUUAAUAAAUCUUCAAAAGUAGAGCUUGGACGGUUUCAAGUGCUUCUGGCAAUAUUCAAGCCAUACAAAAAUAUUCUUUGGUGUUUGUUUGUAUUCAUUUGGUUUUGGGAUCCACCAACAGAACUGUUGAAAAACGUCAACAUCAUCAGUAGACAUAUUACUGACACUGCUGACAAUGGCCCGAACGGAAUGGUAAUAAAACAAAGUUUGUUGAUGUUAGUUUUGUUGGGCUAUUUUAUUUCGUAUCGAUUACCUCCAAUAGAAAACAUAGUGACCAGAUAUCCUACGAUAGUUUUCAAAUGGUAUUCAGCCUCCUUUAGCGCAUACAUGUAUUGUAAUCAUCGCGGGAGAGUCAAAGCCAUUCCUCAUUAAAAGAGUAAAACAGAACACAACCCUUCAAACUGAUUCCAAAGAAAAGAAACCAAUCAUGUUCAUACAAUAUUUAAACUGAAACAAACAACAAACAAAACCCAUGUGCUGAAUUUUAUUCUGGACAAGUACAGGACAAGUACUUUUCCAUCAGACAGAUAAACUUGCAAAUAUGUUCUCUCCGAUGCUGGCGUUGAUUGGGCAACAACUACUACUGUAAUAGACGAGUCCAAAGUUUCCCAAUUUAGCCAGACGCAUUGCAAUGAUCCGGUAUCGACGUUUUCCAUCUAAUGGGUCGGGUUAUUCGACAGGAAGAAGCCAAACAGUAUCCGCUGAGUAAUAUAAGAAUUUAUUUUGGAAUAUGAACCUCAACUACGUUCAUAUAGUUUGUUCAAAAGUAGCGUAAGUAUGUUCCACUUACCUUGUAAAAACAUCUUGUGAUGCUGGGUUGAUGAAAUGACGUUUAAAUUAUAAGAAACAACGUGUCCCUGUAUUCGUUUUGGGGAAUUAUCAGACAUUUCAGAAUUUUAAAUUCCCUUUCCGUUAAUGGUCUGAUUUGUACGAACUAUGUUCGCAUUGUUUCUGCAUGGACUCAUAUCCUGUCAUCUUCUUCUUCUUUCAGUCAACCGUUACCAGUAGUCCGACUUCCAUAUAUGUGAGGCUGUGUUGGUUAGCGAUAAGGUGUCUGACUCUGAUAGAGUCCUCAUAGUCGACGCCAUAGGUACUAGAAUGUGCACUAUACUGAGAAUGGAUGUUAGAUUAAAUGUC